GGGCCAAACGCAGCCUGUCACUCACGGCUCACGGCAGAGUGGCAGAUAAGCAAAGGCUCAAGGAGAGCCUGCUGGUCCUCGGCUGCAGGUGAUCCCUGCGGCGGCUCUUCCCCGCGGGGGAUGAGGAACGUGCAGACGCCGCCGCCCAAGUGAACCGGGCCCUGCGCUCUUCCGACAGCCCCCCUUGCCAAGCCCGCAUCAGGAUGUCAGGAGCCCCCAAAGAGGGCGUGGGGGCCCGAGGGCUGCCGGCGGCGGGCAAGGCCUGCUUAACCACCAUGGACAAAAAGCUGACCGCGCUCCAUGAGAAGGUCGACAAGCUCCUGCAUUUCCAGGAAGACGUCGCGGAGAAGCUGCAGUGCGUGUGCCAGGGCAUGGGCCACCUGGAGCAGGGCCUGCACCGGCUGGAGGCCUCCAGAGCCCCGGGCCCGGCCGGGGCUGCCCCCGCCCCCGCCCCCGCCCCCAGCCCCGCAGGGGACGCGCAGGCGGGGUGGCCGGAGGUCCUGGAGCUGGUGCGGGCCGUGCGGCAGGAUGCAGCCCAGCACGGCGCCAGGCUCGAAGCCCUGUUCAGGGUGAUGGUGGCCGUGGACAGGGCCAUCGCUCUGGUGGGGGCCGUGUUCCAGAACUCCAAGGUGGUGGAUUUCAUCACGCAGGGGAGAGUGCCCUGGAGGAGAGGGGGCCUGGCCGACGGCCCCGCAGAGAACAAGAAGAGAGAGGAAGAGAAAGCAGCCAUACCACAGCCUGCGCUGAGCACCGGGGCCGCGCAGGCCGCGCUCGAGGGGCCUCGGGGAGAGAGCCAGGAGGCUGACCCGCCGGAGGGGACGCCGGAGGGGCUGCCCGCCGCUGGCGCUUCCGGGAUGGGACCCGACGUCCUGGCCCAGCCGCAGGCCUUGCCGGGGCCCGAAGACAGCGUUCCUGGUCCCGACCACGUGCCCCCUGGACCCCUGCCGCUGCCCGGAGAGCCAGAAGCCAAAGCUCCUGGGGCGUCCGGCGAGAGCCCGGAGACCAGCCUGGAGCUGCCCGCAGCACCCAGCGGGGUUGGCGAGGCCGCCGCCACCCAGGAGGCCGCGCCUGACGCAGGACAAGCACCACUGUCAGGCGAUCCCGACGCUCAGCCUGCAGAGGAGGGCACAGAGCUGACCUCAGGGCCGCCGGCCGAGGAGGUCCCAGCCGCUCCCGGGGGUGGCGACGUGCCCCCCAGGAUCUCCGUGCAUGUGCAGGAGACGGGCGUCGCUGCAGAGCUGCUGGUGACACAAGGGGGUGGCCCCACCCUCCCACCCCCUGCGGAGGCUCCCGUGGCUGCCCAGCCAGGUGAGCAGGACCCACCUGAGCCCAGUUGCUGUCCCCAGGCCCCUGGGGCUGAGCUGGAAAAACAGACCCCGGAAGGAGCCAGUGAGUGCCCCCCACCACCUGCGCGGAGCAGCGAUGGGGCAGCAAUGGCGGAGGACAAGCAGGGGCCCGCGGCCGAGCCUGCCCCGGGGCCGAGCGGGGUGCAGAGGGACGCGGGAGGUGGCGCUGGGGUCCUGGGCCUGCGGCAGGACAAAGGCCCAGGAGCAGAGAGCCCUGAGCCCGGGAAGGACUGCAGUCCCGGGGGCCUGGACGGAGCCGAGGCUGGAAGGACGCCCCCAGGGGCCGAGGCCGGAAGGACGCCCCCCGGAGCUGAGGCCGGAAGGACGCUCCUGGGAGCCGAGGCCGGCAGCCUGGUCCUGGAUGACACCCCGGCACCGCCAGCCCCUUUCGAGCACCGGCUGGUGAGCGUCAAGGAGACGUCGGCCUCGGCGGGUUACAGCGUGUGCCAGCAGGAAGUCCUGGGCGGGGGCCGCUUCGGUCAGGUCCACAGGUGCACGGACAAGUCCACGGGCCUCUUGCUGGCAGCCAAGAUCAUCAAAGUGAAGAACGCCAAGGAUCGGGACGAUGUGAAGAACGAGGUCGCCAUCAUGAACCAGCUGAGCCACGUCAACCUGAUCCAGCUCUACGACGCCUUCGAGGGCAAGAACAGCUUCACGCUAGUCAUGGAGUACGUGGACGGGGGCGAACUCUUCGACCGAAUCACAGAUGAGAAGUACCACCUGACCGAACUGGACGUGAUCCUCUUCACCAAGCAGAUCUGUGAGGGUGUGCACUACCUCCAUCAGCACUACAUCCUGCACCUGGACCUCAAGCCGGAGAACAUCCUGUGUGUCAGUCAGACGGGACACCAAAUAAAGAUCAUCGACUUCGGGCUGGCCAGAAGGUACAAGCCUCGGGAGAAGCUGAAGGUGAACUUCGGCACUCCCGAGUUCCUGGCCCCGGAGGUCGUCAACUACGAGUUUGUCUCGUUCCCCACGGACAUGUGGAGCGUGGGCGUCAUCACCUACAUGCUACUCAGUGGCUUGUCCCCGUUUCUAGGGGACACAGACGCGGAGACCAUGAACUUCAUUGUGAACUGCAGCUGGGAUUUUGACGCCGACACCUUUGAGGGGCUGUCGGAAGACGCCAAGGACUUCGUUUCCCGGCUGCUGGUCAAAGAGAAGAGCUGCAGAAUGAGCGCCACCCAGUGCCUGAAGCAUGAGUGGCUGAGUAAUUUGCCGGCCAGAGCCUCCGUGUCCAAGGUCUGCCUGAAAUCCCAGCUCUUGCUGCAGAAGUACAUGGCUCACAGGAAGUGGAAGAAACAUUUCAACGUGGUGACCGCUGCCAACAGGUUAAGGAAAUUCCCAUCUUGUUCCUAACCCUCAGCGCCGCUGCUCACCGGGGUGAGAAGUGACUGGGGCCGGUGGCCACGUGAGAACUUGAGAUUUUAAGCCGUCUGGCCUUUUCCUCAUACUGGUUCCGCUUACUUUGUAAAAAGCGUGAUGGCGGUCGCCUUCCUUGUGGGAGAAAAGAGGCUGUAAAGAAAGUGACUGAGGAGCCUUUUUCUGCCGUGGCAGACCACGGAGUUUGAAAUGCCACGUGCUCCCCAAGUGUGGGAACUCGGGGCGGUAAGUGUGGGCGCGCUGUCGUAGGUAGGAACGCUUGUGCGUGCACGCGUCAGACUGGAAUUCUGAACCUGCUGAUUAAGGAGCUGGUGCAUGUCGGUCCGCAGUGUCCCCGCCGCGCAGAGAAUUCCUGCCAGUCUGAUUUGCUCAGGGUGGGCGGACCUUCUGUCGCGCAACCGGCUCUUGGUUCAGCAACGUGGACUUAGGGCGGCGAUCCUCCCGCUUGUUUUAGCCUGUGCUCCCUUGUGAGAAUCAGACCAUGCACCCUUUAAUCGUCUUUGAUAUUUCAAAAUAUACCCACUGUCAUGGCUAAAUCAGAACAAGCAUCAUUUUGAAUGUGCCUUUAAAGUCUCUGCCCACCUCCAGCCUCCCCCAGCUCCGCCCUGUCCCGGACCCUGCAACCUCCCUCCUCAGUCGCAAAUCAAGGGUCUGGGAAGUGUGGGAACUGGUGCGCAGUGGGGGAGAGCCGAGAACAACGUGCGGCGGGAGUGGAGCGCGGACCCGCUGUAGCACGGGCGUGCCGCUGGCUGCAUUGCUGGUUAACUGGCUCACAACAAUAAACAAGGGGUGCGUUAUCAGUCGAAAGCAAACAACCCUUUUCCUUUCCUUGCUUCUAGUCCGAUGGCCUGUUCUGUUCCCACAACCCCUCCGGGAGGCUGUUUUAGUUGGAGUAGUUACUUUGGGUUGUUAAGCAGUCAGCUCUUUCUUAGCCUUUCAGGAUUUCUGUCCAAAUAUAGGCUGGUUUUCGGCAGACGGCCUGGGUGCAUGGAAGUCCUCGGGCUGGCUUUCCUGGCCGGGAGCUGAGAUUCCCGGGGCCGGCUCGGCUCAGCCUGCUCCAGGCUGGCCCGCUCACGGGACCUCGGGACAGGCGGCCGCUGGCAACUGCCUCUCGUGAGCGAGACGGGGACUUGGUCGAAUGCUCGACUGUGAAGCAUCGGUUACCUCUGAAGAAGGUGUUGUGAGGGCAGCUCGCAGAAGGCGCUGGUUACAGAGGCACCUGUAGCUCCGUGUGGGCGGGCAAGUCGUGGCCUCUGCGACGAAGGCUCUUGCGGGACGCUCUGCGCUGUCCCCAGAAACACGGGUGCGUUCCGCUGAGCUACAGCAGCGUGCUGGACAGGGCUGUGAUACGCGGGCCACGUGCGCCUUUGAAGUACCUCCCAGAGUCCCUUCAAAAACAGAAACCUGCUGAAAUAAAUUUGAGUAAUUUAUUUAACACAA